CCUAGCAGACCAGCCUCGUGCUGCUCCAGUUGGGACACUAGCACAUCCCUGCUGUGCCAUAAGACGCCUGGAUCUAUGACUUCUUCUUCUUCUCCUUUCUGGGUGUGACUUUCAUUCCCUCCCAGUUAUGACACAACUUUGAGUUCCUUUGAAUCAGAAAUAAUAAAGCCCUUCAAAAGUUACAAGCUCCUUUUACUGCACAGUGGCUGAAUUUUGUGUUUCUUGUGGGAUCGCUUAGGUUUAUUUAAUUUUUUUCGGAAUCCAAAAAAAAAAAGAAAAGAAAAAAUGGCCAAACUGCUGUGGAUCUUCUGUUUCGGAUUAUUCUUCUGGAUCGGCAUGUCCCAGGCGCAGAUAGUUAUCAGCUGUCGGUUCCGGGGGGUGUUCCAUGUAGAGAAGGUGGCCAGGUACAGUCUAAACUAUGAGGAAGCCAGAAAGGCCUGCGCCGAAAUUGAUGCCAUCGUUGCAACAAAGGAGCAAGUGGAAAUAGCACAUACAGGUGGCUUUGAGACCUGCAGGUAUGGCUGGGUAGAUAACGCCACAGUCGUCAUCCCUCGUACCACUAGUAAUCCCAUAUGCGCCGCCGGUCACAUCGGUGUCUUUGUCCUUCAUACCAAUAUGACAACCCCUUACGAUGUCUACUGCUACAACGUCACAGAAACAAGCGAGAAGAACUGUGAGCAUUAUGACUAUCAGAAUAAGAGUGUGGUCUCCUACGACCCGACUGAAGAAGGAGACAUCAGUGAUUCUUCGUCCAGUAAAGUGAGUCCAACUCACCCUGGACUUGACCUAAGUUCAUCAUUCUCUGAGCAAGUAGGUGUGUCUGAGGACAUUACAUUCGACCCCCUGAUGACUACGGAGCCACCAGAACAUUCAGGCGACCACCCUGAAAUCAACGCAGAGGAGGGAGAUACGAAGAGUCCUAACCAGGGACCAGGAGACGAUUUUGAUAACGGUUUCAUCGAAGUAAAGCCCUCAGAUGAAGGAGCUGACCACCAUGAAGACCAUGGACCAGUUACAGAUCCAUCUAUUCAGAAGGAGACAGAAUCUAUCAAUGAAGGGAUACACUUACAGGAUCGGGACAACGAGGUGAUCAGAAACAACCCUGAAGCUAGUGAUGAUGAAAUUGGGAAGGAUCCGUCAGGAUCUACAGAAGGAUCUUCAGGCUCCGGAAAAAACAAGACUAAAAGAAGAGCAGCAGUUCCAGAAUGGCUGAUCGUCUGUGUCUCCCUGGUGUGCCUGGGGCUGAUCUUCUCGGUCUGCAUCGCCCUCAAUGCCCGUAGAUUGUGUGGCCAAAAGAAGAAGUUGGUGAUCAAUGGUAACAAAGCUUCUCCAGAAGAUGGCGUUAUCAUGGAACAGAACGGAGACACGGUAAAGUCUCAGGAGAUGGUGCAGCUGGUGUCUCGAGACCAGACCGGUGACUUCGUGGACGGCGAUUCCUUGACGCAAGAGGACAUAAGGAACGCGAGGGACGUGGACAUGAAAAUUGGAGUCUAGGCGACUUUUAGGGGCAACAACAAAUAAAAUGAACUGGGACUGAACUUAUAAAAUAUUAAGAGCCACUCAUAGGGCCCUGUGUUGCUACUUUGCCAAUUUGCAAAUCAAGCCAUAUAUAGUUGGCUUCCCAGUGUUUAUAUGAAGACAAGCCCUUUUCAUUCUCCAUGGCUCGUAUUGAUGUGGUUCUAAAAUUUUGAUGAUGAAAUGGGGGGUGACGGGCAGGUAAAUGAAGGCCUGAGAUGUGCUAAAAAAUUGGGACCCAAAAAUAUGUAAACUAAAACGCUUAGAUAGCAAACACAGUGAAGCUGAUAAGGAUUGUUCACUGGAUUUAGGUUAGAUAGUCUAUAGGUUUCCACAAAUCACGGCUACUGCCAUGAUAUAGUUAGGUCUAAGCUACAAUGUAAAUAGGACAGAAUUUGCCAUAUUUAUAGUAGAAAGAUGUGUAUAUGUAGUAGAUCUUCCCCAAGGAAAAUGUUGGCUUGAAUGUAAAGGAGCACUAAGGAUCAUUCCAAUGGUCCACCUGCUAGAGGGGUCUAAGAAUGGAUGGGUCUAAUCAACACGCCAAUGGUCCAUUCUCUAGAUGGGCCUGAGGAUCACACCAAUGGGCAUUUCUCUAGAUGGGCCAGAGGAUCACAUUAAUAGUCAAUUCUCUAGAUGGGUUUGAGAAUUACACCUAUGGUCCAUCUUCUGGAUGAUUCUGACAAUGAUGCCAAUAGUCCAUCAUCUGGAUAGGUCUGAGAAUUGUUAUAAUGGUCCAUUCUCUGAAAGGGUCCAUACUCUGGAUGAAUCUGAGGACUAUACCAACGGUAUGUCCUUUGUAUGAGCUAAGAAUGAUGCCAAAGAUCCAUACUCUUAAAUGGCCCAAGAAUUAUGCCAAUGGUCCAUCUUCUAUAUGGUUCUGAGGACCAUUAUCAAGCCAAUGGUCCUUCCUCUGUAUGGCCCUAAGGAUUCCACCAAUGGUCCAUCAUCUAGAUGGGUCUGAAGAUGUUGCCAAUGGUAUAUUUUCUGGGGUGGGGUCUCAAGGUAAUGACAGUGUUCUAUCUUUUCGAGUUGCCUGAAUAUCACACCAAUAAUCCACUCUUUGGAGUCCUUCCUCAGAAAUGGUCUACGGAUCUUGCCCAUGGUCCAUACUCCAGAGUGGACAGAGGAGAACACCAAUGGUCUAUCCUUUGAAGUAUCCUGUCCUACUGCAAAGGCAGUGUUGUCUUGAGUUUCUAAUACUGGGUUAUGUUGCGUAUAUAUAUAUAUAUAUAUAUAUAUACUCAAAAUCUUGUUAAAUACAUUUUACGACAUUGGCCUAUGAAGAUCUUCAAGUCUGAAAAAACGUUUUCAACGUCAAUAAUCAAUCUUUAGCUUCUUGUUUUUGGACAUGAAUGCCAAUUUGUAGGUACAAAGAAAGAGAUUAGGUCUGGCCUAAAGGAGGGUGAUAUGGAAAUGUUCUUCAAGGACACAGUAGAUUGUACAAGGAUGUUUGUCACUGGUGGACUUGGUCUUCCUAAAAAAUAACGUGGGGGCUCAAGAGAAUUCAUUGAAGUCAUUGGACAAUGGUCAGAAAUGGCAUUAAAUUAUUUAAGGUUUCCAAGACCUAUAGCCACCUUGCAAUGCUUUUCCUCCAUGGUAGGUCGUGAUUCAUGAUGAUGAUCCAUAUAAAUCAUAAUCUAUGGAGAUAUCUUGAUGUGAGAGUCUUCCUUUCUUCUCGGAAACAAAAAACUAAAAAUAGAUAACAUUUUUUUAUUAAUUUUUCACUCUUCAUCACCAACCUAUACUAUCUUCAUGUACUGGGUAAAGGUCCCAUUCAUGGUCAUUGAUGCAAUGAGGAUGUUACCAAAUCUGAUGCUCCGCCUACAGGAUGGGAGUGGAAUAGCAUUCCCUUUUUUUCCAAAAAAGGACAAUCCAUUUAUUUUUAUUUAUUAACAUGUUGUACAUAAUUCAAAUACACUAAACGUUAUAACACAUGUUUUUUAAGGCUAUGCUUACAACAAUGGAAGGCAAUGUAUGGUAACCUUUGGUUCUCCUGGCAGUGAGAUCCGACCAGGGUGAUGUUGGGAGUUGUAGUUUUCCUCUGACUGUAUACAUAACCUGUGUCGCCUUCCAUUCAGGAUAGGAGCUACAUUUGCUGUAUGGUAUUAAUGUUAAAGGGGUACUCCACUGCCCCAGCGUUUGGAACAAUUAGUUCCGAACGCUGGGUGUUCGCUGCGGGGGUGGUGA